AUGGCAUGUUCAAAGUUAUUGUCAGGAGAUUUACCAGAGUUAAUAAAUGAAAUCAUACAAUAUUUUCAUUAUGAUUAUAAAACAUUACAUUCAUGUAUAUUGGUUAAUAGAUUAUGGUGUCGUUUAACAAUUCCUUUAUUAUGGGAAGACCCAUUUUCAAUCAAACUUCCUAAAAAUUAUUAUUUUAUUAAUAUUUACUUAAAUAAUUUAAGUGAUGAUUAUAAAACAAAAUUAAAUGAAUAUGGUAUUAAUGAUGAUUUAUUUUCUUCAAAUACUACAUUAUUUAAUUAUCCUAGUUUUAUUCAAAGUUUAGAUACACGUAAACUUAGUAGUUCUAUUAGAAAUUGGGUUGGAAAUUCAACAACUAGAAAACAAAUUCCUAUCAAUUCUAUGCAAAAUACAAAUUUAUCACCUUCACAAACAUCAGAUUUUACAAAAUUAAUUUAUAAAUCAUUAUUUUUGGUACUUAUUAAAAGUGAAGUAAAUUUGAAUAGUUUUAAAGUUACAAUGAUUACAGAUAAAGAUUAUGAAAAAUUUGCUGAUAUUUUUGAAUUAAUUUUACAAAAACCAAAUUUUAUUAAUAAUAUCAAAAAUUUAUCAAUUGAUAUUGAUAUAAUAACUGAUAAUAUAACUGAAUUUUUAAUGUUUAUUUAUUCGAAUUGUUAUUCAAUUUCAUCAUUUUAUUUUUUAUAUCCAUAUGAAUAUAAUCAUAUUAUAACUGAAAAAAGUUUAUCACAAAUUAUUGAUUCUCAAAGAAAUCUUAAAAAGAUAAUAAUUGGUUUUAAUAAAUAUCCUUUAUAUCAUUCAUUAUUAUCAUUAAAAAAUCCUAAUUGUUUAAAUACAUUAAAUACAAUUAUAUUUUAUUAUAUCGAUUUUAAAGAUAUAGUUGUUUUAAAUGAAGUAUUUAAUCAAUUGAAUGUAUUAGAAUCAAUUCAUAUUGUUUAUUGUUAUUCUCUAGAUUCUAAAUUUAUUCAACAAAUUAUUAAUAUUACUAAACCAUUCAAAUUGAAAUCAUUACUUUUGGAGGAUAUAGAAUCAUUAGAACCAUUAAUACAAAAAUUUGGUGUUUAUUUAGAAAAUUUUGAAGUUACAAAUAAUAAAUCACAACAAUUAUUACAAUCACUUAAAUCAAUUAUAAAAUAUUGUAAUAAUAUUAAAUUUUUAAGUUUGAAUUUUGAACCAAAUUAUCAAAUUAUUAAUUUAACAUUCAAUUUAAUUGAAAAUUUUAAACAAAAUCUUAAUUAUCUUUCAAUUGAUGUUUAUUUUAACCUUAAUAAUAUUGAUAUAAUUAGUUCAGUUGUAUUACAAAAUUUAGGACAAAUCCUACCUUUUAAAUUAGAAUAUUUAAAUUUAGUACUUGCAAUUAAUGGAAAUGAUUUAGAGAUAUUCUUAAAAAAUUCUCAAAAUACCUUUAUUAAAAAAUUUUUAAUCAAAAAUAAAAAUAAACAAAAAAAUAAAGGUAUUUUUCCUUAUAUAAAAGAAUAUAUUAUUAAAAAGAGAAGAACUAAAUAUUUAGCUAUUUUAGAAACAUUUCGUGAAACAAAUGAAGAUUUAUUUACUUUGAAAGAUAAAGUGAAGGAAUGUGAAUUAUAUGAUAUUCAAGUUUUAAAUUAUAAUGAUUUACGUAUCAAUACUGAAUAUUUUUUAAAAGAAAUUUUUUGA